CCCGGCGGUCGGCGGCGUCCCGAUGCGGGCGCCUCGCGGGCAGCCCGCCCUGGAGGAGUCCCUGCAGCGGUACCAGAGGCGGCUCCGAGAGCGUGCUAAUGAAAGUAUCCAUCAGCUGAAAUAUGCCUUGGAGGACAGACAUUUUGCAGAGAGUAAGGAUGAAGUUGGAUUUGACCAGUCCUCUGUGGACAAGGGCAGUGAUGAUGUGGACAGGGACAGUGACGACAGUGGGAGUCCACCCUGGGAGGAACUACAGCACAGUCAUGCAGUUAAUCAACUUAAAAUUUUGUUGCAACAUCAGGAAAAGAUGGAAAGUGAAGCCUCUCCAUCAAGGAGGAAGAUGCAAUUCCAAAAAACCCCAGAAGCUGCAACAGAAGACUUACCAGACCCUUCUGAUCUUAUUCCUAGAAUUAAUGAUCAGUCUCAGUACAUUGACCAUUUAGAAGCAGAAGUGAAGUUUUGCAAGGAGGAAUUGUCUGAGAUGAAGGAUCAGGUUCGAGCAGUUAUACUUGAAAAUGAGGACCUCCAUCAGAAACUGAAUUUUUUGACUGCAGAAUAUACGUUGGGAGAACAAGCUCUUCUACAUACCUCAGCCAAUAAUCAGAACUCCAGGUGUAAUGACUUGAAACUGCAUCAGCCUUCUAUAUCAUCAGCAGCACAAAACGGAGAUCCAGCUUUGGUUUCAAAAACUGUUGGAGAAGUAGAAAAAUGGCAUGUAGAACUGGAAAAACUGAAACUUCUUUAUCAGGACAAAAUCAAUGUUUUGGAAGGCCAAGUACAAUCUCUAAGGAAGCACCUUUCAGAAUCUCAGAAGACUUGUGAAGAUUUGGAAGCAAGACUAAAACACCAGAAAUCGCUCGUUUCAGCCACAAAUUCUAGUCGAGUUGGUGGUCUUUGUCUCAAAUGUGCACAGCAGGAGGCAGUUCUUGCUCAGACACAUUCUAAUGUUCACAUGCAGGUCAUUGAGAGAGUAACAAAAGAAAGAGAUGAUUUGAUGGAUGCACUUGUUUCAGUGAGGCAAACCAUGAAAGAGAUGCAGCAAAGAGAAUCUAAUGCAUAUGAGCAAGUUAAACAAGCUGUGCAAAUGACAGAAGAGGCCAAUUUAGAAAAAACAAAGGCUCUAGUUCAGUGUGAGCAACUGAAAAGUGAGAUGGAACGCCAGAAGAAUCGCCUUGAAAAGGAGUUAGCUGUCCAGCUCAAUAAGAGGACUGAGGAAAAAGAAGCUCUGCGGGAAGAAAUGAAGAAAGAAAGGGAGAACUUGGCAGCAAUGGUAAUGGCCAUGUCUGAGAAUGUUGCCAUGUUGGAGGCUCAGGUAGAGAGAAUUACACGGGAAAAGAAUUCUCUGGUUAACCAGUUAGAAGAAUCACAACAUCAGCUUGCAUCUCAUGAAAUGGAGAUGAACAAGGUGUGUGGAGAAAUGCGCUAUCAGUUGAAUCAAACCAAAAUGAAGAAGGAUGAGGCAGAAAAGGAGCUCAGAGAGUACAGAACAAAAACUAUAAGGCAGCUUGAAAUUAAGGACCAGAAAAUAGAAAAGCUGGGAUUAGAGCUGAAUGGAAACAAGCAGCGUUUGGAACAAGCCCAGCAGGAUGUGGCAGGAGCCAGAGAGGACUGCCUAAAACUGACAGAACUGCUGAGUAAAUCUGAGCACCAACUGCACCUCACCAGAUUGGAGAAAGAGAGCAUUCAGCGCAGCAUUAGCAAUGAAGCAAAGGCCCGAGCCCUUCAGGCCCAGCAAAGAGAGCAGGAGCUGACACAGAAGAUGCAGCAAAUGGAGGCCCAGCAUGAGAAAACUGUAAAUGAACUGGACUCAUUGCUGACCUCCCAGAAAACAUUCAUAGCAAAAUUAAAGAAAGAAUGUUGCUUGUUGGCAAGCAAGUUGGAAGAAAUGACAGAAAAAUACAGAUCUAAAGUCAACCAGCUUAGUCAGGAAAAAGAGUAUCUUCAUGGCAGAUUGGAGAAGAUGCAGAAACGGAAUGAUGAAUUGGACCAACAGUGUAUCCAGCAUGGGAGAAUGCAUGAGAGGAUGAAGUCAAGGUUGCACCAGCUGGACAAGCACUGCCAGACAACUGCCCAGCAGCUCGUGGAGCUCCUCAACAAACAGAAUCAGCUCUUCAAAGAGAAGCAGCUGCUGACAGAAGAAGUGCAGUUUCUGCGAACACAGUUGUGUAUUUCAGGAAAAGAAAUGGGAUGCAGAUCUCAAACAGGACACAGAUGGAAUCAAGUAAAAACCUGGAUGGAUGAAGAGAAAUGAGAACAAGUUUUUGUAAUGGCCAGUGACAUUCUGCAGACGAGGUGUGAUUUCUGGAGCAGCGAUGAGUUAGUUAAACUAUGAAAGGAAGGGCGGUAGACAGCCAGUACGGUUCUGAUACCCAGCUGCCCUGAUAGGAACGCUUCCAGUGCUGCAUCAGGUGAGCAUGGCCAGUUUUGCAAGCCUGCAGCUGUAAGCAGCAUCCGUGCCUUCUGCGAGGUGCCUGGCCAGGAGCACGGCGGGGCAGGGUGGGUGUAGUUUGUCAUCUUUUGUCUGUACUCUGGUGCUGGCCCUGCGCAGAGGGUUAAUGCAGCACAGAGCGGGCUUCCUCUGAGCAGCCACUGAUACUGAGUUUAACCUCUAUGUCUUUCCCUGGAUUUUGCUCACGGUGAGUGUGCUGAUCACCACUGCAGGUAAUGUGGUGCAUGUAUUCUUGAAAAAAAAAGUACCAUGUUAUUGUUUUUAAUUAAUUCUUUAAUGAACUGCAGCAUUAUAAAUCCUUCUUUAACUUUGCCUUCAUUACCUUACCAGGUUUUUUUUUUUUAAAAAAAAAAAAAGAAAAACCCUUAAGUCCUCUAACAUAAACCAGCUGAUGUGGAAAGUUUUUCUUUAUUUCUGAGGUCAUUUACAUCUCUUAAAAUUCAAAUUUCAGAACUCCAGUCAGAAUUCUGGGUAUCCACCCCAGCUCCAACAGAGCUUUAUCCCUCGGUCUUAAUGAAGUCCUGAAGUGCUGCUGAGGAAGCACAAACAAUAGCUACACAAGAGCUUCAGAACUGUAAAUUAGCCUUCCCACCAGAGGUUUUCUAACAGCGUGCAGGCAGUUUCCUGUUUUCAUACAGCUGCCCACCCCUUAUACAGUCUGUACAAUUCACAGUAAACACUCUCUGGCACAACCCUGCCUCCUCCUUCCUGGAAGGGAGAAGGGGCAGGAUCUAAGACGUGCCCCAAAACAACAGCUCAGUUAUUUACUGCUAAACACGAGCGAUGGCUAAAGCUCAGGGAGACCUUGUUUUUCAGAAAUCAAACAGCUCCUGUGCUUGUUACCUGAAAGAGUUCUGAUCUUAGAAAGAGACAGGACAGCAGGCCCACAGGAAGCCAGGCUUUGGAACAGUGCUUGUUUACACAGCAUUGCCACAUUCUUAACCAUUUAUGUAUUUCUCUUCUAAGAGCUCACCCCCAGGCUGAAGUGACACAAACAAGAAGUGCAAGCAGCUCCAUACACGCUACUUACUUAUGCUCCGCUCCCAUCUCUUUCUUCUGUCUUUCAGUUCUCCUCUGUAUGCGCCUGAAACUUGGGCUUCUCUGAAGCUCACACAGAGAACCAUUUGCAGAGAAGGAGACACGCUGCCUACUCUCACCUGCUUUGUAUUUGCUUUUAACUAUAGUGCCAUCAAUAUUUUGAAACAUUACUCUCCUACGGAACUUUCUAGGAAGACCUCUCAGCCUGGCCUAAGACACCGCAGUGCAGUGGCAACAGCUGUGAUGGAGCAUGGACUGGAUUUGUUAUUUCUACUAUUUUUAUAAAAUGUUUUUAUCUAUUUUGUAAUUUAAUACAGAUGUCUGUCUUAUUUACAGAUGACAGUCCCAAUAAACUUAGUUUACUAA